ACACAAAUCGAUCUUUUCCGCGGAAAAGCUGCAAUGAGAGAACAAGAGGAUGAGCGUUAUCCAACUCAACUGGCAAGGCAUAUAAAGUUUGGUGCAACCAGUUACCCGCUAUCAACAGUAUUCUCACCUGAUGGUCAGUUUCUCGUCUCUGGUUCAAAAGAUGGUUUCAUAGAAGUGUGGAAUUUCAUGAAUGGCAAAUUGCGUAAAGAUCUAAAGUAUCAGGCCCAAGACAAUCUGAUGAUGAUGGAUGAUGGCGUAUCAGCGCUAUCAUUCUCAAGGGAUUCCGAGAUGAUUGUGUCUGGUAGCGUGGACGGACGAAUAAAGGUGUGGCGAAUCCAAACUGGCGAUUGUCUGCGACGAUUUGAAAAGGCACAUAAUGCUUCUAUCAAUGCGGUACGGUUCAGCAAGGAUAACUCCCACGUUCUUUCAUGUGGCAAUGAUCAUCUGAUUAAAGUUCAUGGAUUGAAGAGUGGGAAGUGUUUGAAAGAACUACGAGGGCAUACUUCUUUUGUCACAGACGUGCGAUAUCUUGAGGAGUCAAAUCAAGCGUAUGAAAUGACAAUGGUAUUUGGUAUUUUAUGCAUCUCAUCGCUUUAUUUUCUUUUCCUGCUUUCGUCUCUGUCUCGUGUUUUCCGCCAUCUGCUCCAUGUUCCACACUUCCAGCCGUUUCCUCAUCCGUUUCAAGGGGAUGUGGAUACUAAAUAUCUUUUUGAAUUGGUACCACUAGAUUGGAUACUUGUUUUCUGA